UUUUCAUUGGUUGAAUCCCAAAAUGUGUUAAAAGGUAACAAUAACCACAGUGGAAUGGGGUGCUUUCACAAGUUACCUUAUCCAUAUUGUCUUGCUAAAUAUGUCUUUGAAUUAUUUGUGCCCCUUAGAGGAAGAUCGGUGUGAUUAUUAUGGUUGUAAGAAAAAUGGGCAAGAUGAGUGUGCCAGUGGUUUACUAUGUCAGUGCAAACCGGGGCUACAGAGACCGAACCCACAGUUCCCUCUGUGUGUUGCUUUGGGUCCACAGUGUCCUGAUUACUGCAACACACAGAACAAGAGUCAAUGCCUAGUGAAGAACAGCAGGGACGCUAAGUGCGUGUGCCUGCCAGGCUACAAGGAAGAUAAUCGUGGGAUCUGCCAACCGUGUGCGUUUGGCUACAGCGGAGUUGAUUGUAAAGACUGUGAGUAGAAGAGUCUUGCUUUGUUAAUAAGCUUCUAAGAAACAGACAUUGACCACAUUCAAAAUUCUCUCCAGUCCCCCAAAGUCUCUGGCUUGUUUCAUAAAGAGAGAGAAAAUCAAGCUGGAGUUUAUCUUCUGGGUCAGGCCACUCCAUGCUAACCCUUAGGUUGUGGCAGAGCCUCUCUGUUAUGGGAAAUAAUAGAACUCAGCCCAAGAGGUAGGCUGGUGCCUCUGGACUCGUCCCAGGCCAAAGAAGUUUGUCCCAACAUUAUAUUCAUCUCCUACAUUAGAUUAAAUAUGCAUUGUCUGCUACUAAAAAGGAUAAAGACCAGUAUAUUCCAAAGAUGUUUAUGUUCACAGUAGAGCAGAACUAGAAACCAGACGUUCAAAUACUCAAAUCAUCUUUUUGUCUCAGAGCUAUUUACUAAUUUGGGAUGUGUUGUCAUAAAUUCAGUUGCUUGGUUCCCUCCCAGGCCCUACCCCCACCAGAUUGGGACAAUACUAACUGUAUAUUUUAAAUGAUUUCAUAUUUUAAAUCUUAUAUAAUGAACUAAAAGAUCAAUGAUCCAAGAUGAAGGGAAUAUUCCUGUUAGCCUCCCAGCCAGCCACAAAGUUAGUGAUAAGAAAUGCUUUUAAUUUCUACUGUAUUUUGUCGUGAGGCUGGGUUUGCUAAGUCAUUUCUUUCUUCUGGGCUUUCAGUGUCCACACCUAUAAAAUGAGAAGUUUGGAUCAGAUAACCUUUGAGGUUUUUUCCAGACUUAAUGGUCGAUGGUCCCUUGCAUCCUGGUUAGAGGUGGCAUAUAUGGCAGUCAUGUAGCAGAAAGAAUCAAAGGGAUC